UUACUCUCUCUCUCUUUCCGUUACAUUUUGUAAUUAUAUGUUUAUGUUAUAAUUAUAAAUUUGUUCCUAAAUGAAAGAUAUGUCUUGUCCGGCCAUGUUCCGAUCCCUGAGCGCCGCCGCCGCCGCCGUCAUUGUGAAAAUGGGCAUUUGUGUUCCUUAUCACGCUAUAGAGAAACCACCGGUGGAUUCCCGGCGGCGGGGGUCCUCUUCGUUGUCGUCGUCGGUGAAGGUGGUGGACCUGGAGGGGAGGCUUGAGGAGUUCCGGCAGGCGGUGACGGCGGAGGAGGUGCUCUCCCGCCACCCGGACUGCUACCUGUGCAGCGCAGACAACAUGGUGGUGAACUCGCAAGCGCCGCAGCUGGCGAAAGACCACGCGCUGCAGCCCGGCCAAAUCUAUUUCCUAAUGCCACUCUCGAGAUCGCUAACGCCACUCUCUCUUGAAGAUUUGUGCGACCUCGCCAUCAAAACAAGUAGAACUGUCGACAUCGGCGCUGAUCCAUUUCUCCAUGGAUGCAAAAGAUUGAGGAUUUCUGAAGAUGGGAAUUGCAGGAAUUUUGUCACUUCUUGAUUUAUUUAUUUGUUUUUUCUGUAUUUUUUAGAGGUGGAAAUUAUUUAGACGGUAAUAGUGGAGUCGACUACACUACCAUUAU